GGCUAAUUUUUUAUCAUUUCGUAUAGGACCAGAAACACCCAGUAUUGGAUCACUACUAGUAACAACAUGUGAUAUUAGCAGCGAUUACUCGGGAGAAGAUUUUGAAAAUGAGGCAUUAUUUAUUCGAUUGUUACGUUUAAGUCAACGUCGUCGUCGGUACCAUCUUUAUCAUCAGCAACGUAGCAAGCGUCAAGCGAUUACGGGUAGUGAUUUGGGAAGUUUAGGUGAUUUGGCUGAUCUUGGUAUCUGUCUGGGUGAUAUCAUACCAGCCAUCAAAGAGAAAUAUCCGAACAGGACAUUAGCGCUUCUUAUACAUACAUCAAGAGCACCUUCAAUUGCAAUUAGUAGACGUAGCGGAGGUAAUGUACAGUUAGAUUUGAUAGCAGAUGUUAACAUUUAUUUGGAUAAAACAAACAUACGAGUUGGUACAAUGACAGUGAUAGCAGUUGCUGAUAUAAUGCUUCGUGCUAUGGGUCAACAAAUCGUUGCAAAUGCAUCAUUACCAGUUUUUAGAUUAAUGGAUCGAGAUCAAACAUUAGGCUUGCAACAGGAUGCACUUGAUAAUUUAGCUAGCUUAGCUGGUGAUAUGAUUUUAAAGGUAGCCAAUCAACAAUUAAAUAGAGGUUUGAGAAUAUCAUUGCCAACAUCAUCAACUCUUCCACUGAAUAUAAUUAAUCCACAUAUUCAAAUAUUUGAACAUUCUAUUUAUAUAGGUAGUGAUUUCACGGUGUCACCAUCUGUAAUAUUUUCAUAG